CACAUCCGGUGUGGAGGGCGGGAACGAGAAACAAAAGGAGAGCGAAGGCGCAUGCGUUGGUGCUUCCCCGGUUCUGGUGGGCCCUUCCGCUCAGGCAGAGAGAAGUGCUUCCGGGUCGCUGCCGGCUGCCGCCUCCCGGCGCGUCUAGGCGCCAUGUCCACCUUGUUUCCCUCACUCUUCCCCCGUGUGACUGAGACACUGUGGUUUAAUCUGGAUCGACCCUGUGUGGAGGAGACGGAGCUGCAGCAGCAAGAGCAACAGCAUCAGGCCUGGCUCCAGAGCAUCGCAGAGAAAGACAACAAUCUGGUACCCAUUGGCAAGCCGGCCUCGGAGCACUAUGAUGACGAGGAAGAGGAGGAUGAAGAUGACGACGAGGAUAGUGAAGAGGACUCAGAGGAUGAUGAGGACAUGCAGGACAUGGAUGAGAUGAAUGAUUACAAUGAGUCACCUGAUGAUGGAGAGGUCAAUGAGGUGGACAUGGAAGGCAACGAACAGGAUCAGGACCAGUGGAUGAUCUAGGUAGACAAGGCAGGGUGGCCUCAGGCAAAUUCCAGGCCAGCCCAACUUACCUGCACCCCCUGCAGAACCAGCUGAUUGCCCCAGUGCCUGAAAGCUCACCCUUGGGUAUCUCUUCAGCUGCUGCCAAGAACUGGUCUCCUUGGCUCCUCCUAGGCCAUCACUUUGCCCUUGAGUCUCCAGGGCCUGAGCCCACCCCACCUUUGUGCCCAUUACCUCACCCCUUGGUUGCCAGGUAUAGUCUCUUUCUAACUCCCUUUAAUAAAGACACAGGAAUGAUUUUA